CGUGUUUGUUGGGGAAUGGCUCCUAAAAGAGAACCCUCCAUCAAGAAGUCUCCUCCACCAGAGACCGAGCCCAGACUGGGUCCCCCUUACCGCCUACCUGUGACUCCUGCUGCUCCAAAAUCAGUUCCAGAGCAGAAGCCUCGGAUGCUGCGUCCCUCAGAUUCUCCAUUUGACCCAGCUACUUUAGAGAUUGAAUUUAACCUGGAACAGAUCCAUGAGUUUAAGGAGUCAUUCCUGCUGUUUGACAGAACAGGAGAUGGGAAGAUCAGCUAUAGUCAGUGCGGAGAUGUCAUGCGGGCCCUGGGGCAAAACCCUGUCAAUGCUGAGGUGCUCAAGGUCCUGGGCAACCCUAAGGCUGACGAGAUGAACAUCAAGAUGCUUGACUUUGAGCAGUUCCUGCCUAUGUUCCAGGCAAUUGCAAAGAAUAAAGAUCAGGGAUCCAUGGAAGACUUUGUGGAAGGAUUACGUGUCUUUGAUAAGGAGGGCAAUGGCACAGUAAUGGGAGCAGAGAUACGUCAUGUCCUCACUACACUAGGUGAGAAAAUGACAGAGGAGGAAGUGGAGAUGCUUGUGGCAGGACAUGAAGAUGCAAAUGGAUGCAUCAAUUAUGAAGAACUGGUCAGGAUGGUGAUGAACGGGUGAAGACAAAGACAUCCCUUUUUUUUUACCUGUUGCCCCUUUUUUGCAUCUGGCUUUUACAUCUCCAGCCCUUAUCCUGAAUUAGUUUUGUUUAAGUGCCUUCACAUUCCCCCAACAAGAUGAUGAUUCUGGCCAUUGGUGUUCAGACAGUUCACACAGUCUCCAAUCUGGAUUCAUUAUGUGCUUGCAUUGUUUGCAAUUCCAUUCUAAUAUGCAGCACUGGAGUAAACACAAAUUGAUGGUGAUACACUGUAACUAUUGAUACUAGAAUCAGUGUAAAAGGGACUUUAAUAUAUGUAUACAGAAUACUGUCAGCAACAUAUUUUACUGUAUCAUUGAUUAAACUUGCUUUGGCUGAGAAACGUGUUCUUAAUUCUGCGGCAAAGUCAAAGCCAUGUUGGUAGUAAGAAACAUUUCAUGCGUUUUGACUUCCCAGCUAUGUUGCUGCUUUUAAAUAAACAUUUCCUUAAAAAUA